AGAGUUAACGUUGGAAGCAAAGAUGGCACCGAUGAUAUCUUAUACGCUGCCUGCGAUGCAGCUCGUGUGUAAUCUCGUCAUCCCGGGAUCUCCAGGCACGCACAUCUCAAAUUUGGAUUCAAAACUCACGUCGGUUCAAUCAGAAAAUCUGAACGUCUCCAAUGCGGAAAACUCGGCUGACUUGUUGUACGACACAACUCCGACUUCAAAUCCAUAUGUGACUGAAUCAUCACCGAAGGGAAAGAUGCUCCCGGAUGGCUAUGUAAGGUUCCCUGAACUCGGAGUAGCCUUCAAGCAUCAUCGUGACGAAGCGGUGGAGUGGCCAAUUGCUGCGAAGAAAUGCGUCGACGAGGGUGGAAACUUGGCGGUGAUUGAUUCGUGGCGCAAGUUCGACGUCGCCCAGUCAAUUUUAUCGCCCGAUGAAGACAUCCACGUAGGCAUAACUCUCAUGUACGAAUCCCAGGAUUGGGUCGACUUCAGAACAGGAUCGAUCCUGUCGUCUAUACCCUGGUUAGCAGGUGAAACUAACAGUUUAGGUUUCUGUACCGUGAUGAGCCGUAACUAUCGAGGACUGCUACGUAACGGUUGUACAUACAACGGACGUUUUAUAUGCGAGAUUGAGAUUUGAGCGAAAAUUGAUAAGCACGUAGAGUCACGAUCGUAACCAUUAAUUAGUUCAUAACGAAAUACUAAAAGUGUGCUAUUACAAUAUAUUUUGUCAUUUAGUACUUAUUGUUAGUACAAGUACUUAUCGAACAACAGAUGACGUUUUAAUUGAAAAGACUUUGAACAAUAAGUCAAUGGAUUCAUCUCUAGUCAUUCGAGUCAGGGAUUCCAUCAUCCCAAAAAAUGCGCCACGGUUCAAUUUCAAGUUACAGAAUUUUCAAGAAAUUUUUCAACACGAAAACAAAUUUGCGCAUCAUAC